GACCAGGCUGGACCAUGGCGAGCUCCAUUGCCGGACGUACAGACGGGGAUAGAAUAGUUGGAGGGGAUUGAAUAGUCGCAUGCCGCUUUCAGUCAUAUGCAGUAGCUGCGUUUUUCGAGGCGCUGACGGCGUUGCGGCUCAAUCAGGGGGGCUGCUGUCAGCUUUUUAGGAUUCCGCCCCUUUUUAGGUUCUUGCAGUUGUGCGGGACCAUUCAUUGUGGGGAGCUAGACUUAUCGUUUUAAGAGGGAGACCUUCUAAUGAGAGUGAGGGCAAUGACGUGUUUACGGGGGCCAUGGGUCUUGCUGUUUCUUUUCACAGGUUUUCUUGUGACAGCUGCAGCACGCCCGUUGGGUCCUGGUCAUUUUGGCCUGGGUAACGACGUCGGGCUAGAUGUACCAGUGGAAAGGCAUAUUGUCGGGGCUGGGCUUCAGUCAAGGACGUUUUCUUUUCUGAAGGACAUGGCAAUGAAUCUGGUGGGGAGGGGAUGUGAAGGCAUGAAAAAAGCAGGCGAAGCAGUCGAGUCACAGGAAUCUUGGCUGGCAGCUUCUAACGAAGUGCUUUUGCUGCAAGCGAGGGGCGUGUCCGCAAGGAGCCUCCUACAGAACGGUGGGUUGUCUCAGCAGGGGCAACCUGCAAAUGCAUAUCCAGGGUACUAUCAGGGGAGCUUGUUGGUGUCCCCCUUCCUCUCCAUAGUCAUGGGCGCUGCCAUCUGUGUGGGGCUGUGCGUCUUCCUCUCGGUGUGCCGUGUCGUCGUGCGCCACCGCUUUGCUCAGCCGCUCCUUUUUGAAGCAACGGCCAGACAAGAGGCCCCCUCGGCUGCCCUGCCCUACUCAAUCCUGAAGGGGCUACCCAUCGUGUCGUUUAAGAAGGAAGGCGAGAACCAGACCUUCAAUCAAGGGAAUGGAGACAACCAGUGCCCCAUCUGUCUGAUCGAGUUUGAAGCAAAGGACAGCCUUCGCAAGCUGCCAGAGUGCAGUCAUUACUUCCAUCAAGCCUGCGUUGAUGAGUGGUUCAAGAGAAACCACACGUGUCCCCUGUGUCGGACAUCGCUACUUCCUUCAGAGCCGUCCAGUGCAGAAGCAACUCCACCAGACGCUGCUUCUUCACAGGCCCAAACAGAGAGUGCUGUUUCAUCAAGGGAAGAAGUAGUGGUUCCUGUUGCAGCCUUGGAGCAAGAAGCGGGGCAAGUGGGUUCAUGUCCUGCCCCACUAGAAAGGGAGGGCCCAGGGGCUCUAAGGGUGACAUGAUUGCCAUGUCACCUGUGUAGCAGGUCGAAGGUGCGGAGUCAGCAAGGUUUGCCAAAGGGGGACGAACUUGUACAAAAACGUUGUUACAUCAGGUGUCCUUUUUCCUUGUCUUUUCGUAUUACUAUAGAUUGUAUUUUAGGAUUCGUUUGACAUUCUGUACGGGGUGCCUUUGAUUGAAAGAAUGGGCACCAGGCUGGUUUAAGAUCUGUGUCCUUGAAGUAAGAGCGUACGUUGUGUUUCUGAUUUGUUUGCAUGUGUUCCAUGACUUAUUCUCAAUCUCUUAUG